ACAAGUAACCGUUCACUUUGUUCCCUUACGAAGCGUUCUUUCACUUCAAAUAUUCCCUGUGGCAUUGACGCACGUUUGUCGUAACUCAAAAAAACGUGAAGAUGUCGGGAGGUUCAGACAUUUUAGCUCUGAAAGAGGAUGAUGUGACCAAGAUGUUGGCCGCAUGUACCCAUCUGGGUACAUCGAAUUCCAACUUCAACAUGGAACAGUACAUCUACAAGAGGCGUCCAGAUGGCAUCCAUAUCAUCAACUUGCGUCGCACUUGGGAGAAGGUUCUUUUGGCCGCCCGUGCUGUGGCUGCCAUCGAGCACCCAGCUGAGGUAUUCGUUAUCUCUUCUCGUCCAUAUGGACAACGUGCUGUGUUGAAGUUCGCCGCUCACACCGGCGCCACCCCAAUUGCUGGACGUUUCACUCCUGGUGCGUUCACCAAUCAGAUCCAAGCUGCCUUCCGUGAACCAAGGCUUUUGAUCGUCACCGAUCCCGUCAGUGAUCAUCAACCAAUCACUGAAGCUUCUUAUGUCAACAUCCCAGUUAUUGCUCUGUGCAACACUGACUCUCCAUUGAAGUUUGUUGACAUUGCUAUUCCAUGCAACAACAAGGCUACCCACAGCAUUGGUUUGAUGUGGUGGCUCUUGGCUCGUGAAGUUUUGCGUCUUCGCGGGGAUAUCCCACGUGACCAAAAAUGGGACACCGUUGUCGAUCUCUUCUUCUACCGUGAACCAGAAGAAGCUGAGAAGGACGAGCAAGCCGCUAAGGAAUUGCCCGUUGCCAAGCCUGAACCAGUUGUCGAAGCUCAAACUGAAUGGCAGGACACCGCUCCAGUUGCUGAACCGUGGGAUGCCAGUACUGAACCAUUGGCUCCAGGCGCUGUUCCAGCUGUUGCUGCUCCCGCAGCUGUUCCAAGCUUCAACACCAAGGAUAAUUGGGCCGAUCAAGUUCAAGAAGAUUGGGAAAAGAACCCGACCGGCGCUGCUGCUGCUGCUGCUCCACCAGCGUCCAACUGGGGUGCCUCCGAAAGUUGGAAAUAAGUUUUCAAAAUAAAGUGAUUUAUUACUUUUA